GACACAUAGUUACAGUCAGAGAAACAGACGAGCACUAUCGGGAAUAUAAUCUUCACUUUAAUCACAUCUUUUCCAACACAGUGAUCUAUAUCUGAAGAAUUCGGGAUAGAGUUCAGUAUUUCAGGACAUUGAGAGGUUAAACUGGGCUCCACUGAACUGAAGCAUCCAUCGGCUGUUUAGCUGCUACCUGACAAGAGGAUGGAGAGAUGGAGGCAACACAAGAGCCGUAGUGUUCGCUGAUCACACUAGCUUUUCCUUUCGUUUUCCAGCCACAGUCACUGCGAUGGAGGGGAAAGACGAGUUUUUGUGUGGGGUUGUUGAAGGUUUCUAUGGGCGGCCCUGGUCCAUGGAGCAGAGAAAAGUGUUGUUUCAGUGGAUGCAAAGAUGGGGUUUGAACACCUAUUUGUAUGGUCCUAAAGAUGACCUGAAACAUCGGUUGCUGUGGAGAGAGGUGUACUCCACAGAGGAGGAAGCCCAACUGAAAGCACUGGUGCAUGAAGCUGAGUCGAGUGGGUUGAAGUUUGUGUACGCGCUGUCUCCUGGUCAGGACAUCGUCUUCUCUAGCUCCUCUGACCUCACACUGCUCAAGCGUAAACUUCGACAGGUGGCAGAUCUGGGCUGCCAGGCGUUUGCUAUUCUGUUUGAUGACAUCGACCACUCUAUGUGUCAAGCUGAUACUGAGGCUUUCUCCUCAUUCGCUCAUGCUCAGGUUUCUGUGACCAAUGAGAUCUUCCGUUUCCUGGGAAAGCCACCUGUCUUCCUGUUCUGCCCCACUGAAUACUGCAGCUCGCUCUGCUCUCCCACCGUUUCCAAGUCUCCAUAUCUGCUGACAGUGGGAGAAGAUCUGUUGCCUGGCAUCUCAGUCAUUUGGACUGGAAGCAAGGUGAUCUCUCGAGAGCUAAGUGUUGAUUCGCUGAAGGAGGUGCAGUCAGUGUUACAGCGCCCUCCCCUGGUGUGGGACAAUCUGCACGCUAAUGAUUACGAUUCACGUCGUGUCUUCCUGGGGCCUUUCAAGGGUCGUCCACCUGGCCUCCAAGCUCAUCUCAGGGGUCUGCUGCUAAACCCUAACUGUGAAUUUGAAGCAAACUAUAUCCCUCUACACACACUUGGGACAUGGCACAAAGCAGGGAAGGAGAAGAGAGAAGGUAAAGAGUAUCAGUACUGCCCGGAGCGAGCUCUUUCUGCUGCUCUGAAAGACUGGAUGAGUGAACUGAACCAACCACUACAGCCUGGACGGCAGAACAGGCCUACAGAGCAUAAACCAUCUUCUCUCUCCUCCAAACCUAAACCUCCUGAAAGCUUAGACAAUCUGCAUGGAGCCAAGUCUAAAUCUCCAUCUUCUGCUGGGGCUCAGGUUUCUUUUUCCACCUCUGUGCUGAAGGUCUCAGCUGAGAGUGAGAGUGAGGAGCGGGUCCCUGGAGGCCAAGGAUGGGAAAAGGCCUCAGGAAAAGGCCUGUGUGCUGGGAAGUCUCCACUUAGUGAGGCUCAAGUGCGACUGCUGGUGGGAUUAUACUACCUGCCACAUGAGCAUGGACCGCCUGCCCAGAGCCUGCUGCAGGCACUCACCUGGCUUAAAAACCACUGCCAUUAUGUCAGUGUCAACGGCAGCAGCAAGAAGAUGCAACCACAGAAGAUGGAGGAGUGGCGAGUGCGAGCUGGGCAGUUUCAGGUUGCAUGUGAUGAGAUUGCGGUUCUGCAUGGCAGCGUGGUGAACAGCGUCAACAGAGCUGUGCUCUAUGACCUUUAUCCCUAUGUCUGGGACCUGAGAAACACAUUGCUUGUAGCCAAGGCCUUCAUCAGCUGGCUGGAGGGUCGGGUAAUAAGUGAAAGUUCUCCACUGGGUUCCUGGAAGAACUGUUUUCAUUGGUGCGGAGCCUCAUCAGGGGCAGAGCUUCUCGGUAUGGAGGCGGAGCCCUGGGUUAUUAAAGGUGGGCUGUCAGGGGAAGUGCAGAUGCUUCUUCCUGUAGGCACCAGCAGUGAGUUGUUCAGUCACCCCCCUCCUCUCUUCCCCACCUCUCGUCUCUAUAACAUACGGCCCUUCCAGCACAAAGACAAGGUGGAGCUGUACCAUAUGGUGUGUCAGCUUUAUCAGAAAACCAGAGGUGCUCAGGAUGUGACUGUGCUUCAUCCAGACUUCAUCGGUGACAGGUGUUUGGGUGCAUCUCUGGCCCUGUGUCCAGAGUACGGCUUUGUUCUGGAGGACGAACUUGGUGUGUGUGGGUGUGUUGCUGGCAUUCUUGAUGUACGCUCAUUUGUGAAGAGGUGCCAGGCCACCUGGCUGCCUGCUAUGAGAGACAAAUACCCCACACGUACAUAUCUCGCAAAUGGACACGCUGCUCAAAAGGAGGCACUGUUGAGCAUGCAUGAGGAGCAGGAUUACCCGGACUCCCUGCUUUACCACUUCCCAUCUCAGGUCCGGCUUGAUGCUCUGCCUGAACUGGUGGACUGCAGUGUCAGCAGAAGCCUUCUCACGGCCCUGCUCACAGCACUCAAAGCUAACGGUUCCCAGGGUGUGUUUUGUGAAGUGCAGCCCACAGACCGGCUAAGGCAGGAGUUCCUCACUAAGCUGGGUUUUCUGGAGAUUGUGAGGGGAGAAGCUUGCUCCACAGAAGGACUAAUCCUAGGCAGGCUGCUCUAAAGCCUUAACUAUCUUACAAACAAUAACUGAUUAUAUAAUUGAUGGAUUUUUUUUUGGGCACAGAUACACGUUAAACAGCCCUUUGGUUUAAGUAAAGGCGUCAAGUUCAAGGAUUGUAAUACAUCUUUCAACAAGUCCUCAUCCACGUUCCCUUUGACGCUUCAUAUAGAUAUAACACAUCACAUACACAUCAAGGGCCAUUAUAAUACUUUGUUAUCUCAAGAGCUGUUAGUAAAAUGACCCUUUGUGGAGAGCUAGAUAUUACCCAGAAUGCAUUGCAACCUAACAUAAAGCAAUAAAAUAAUAUUUCCCAGAGAUAAAAUUUACUACAUUGAAAUUGGCUUUUUGAUGAAGCUACUACUUUAUCUAUAGUUGACAGCUGAUUGAACUGUAUUACUGCACUCAGCUGGCUGUCUAGUAAAUCUGUUCUCCACUAUGCCCUCAUUCCCUCCUUCUGCAAGUGGCCACUUGUGUCAUGUAGAUGAUACACACUUCCCUGUAAUGGGGGAAAGUCGAUGAGGGCCUGUUGAAAGUACCAUUUGAAUACAGGGCUAUUUUGGGGCUGAUGAAGCACGUUGCCCAAAAACAUGCUAUUGACAGUCAACUGGCCACUGUGGCCUGGUUAGCAUGAUGCUAACUACUCUAUAAUAGCCUUUAAAUGAUUAGCACUAUUAGUGUUAUGACUGGUGCAUUCCUUAAAAGCGAUGAAUAAAACUUAUUCGCAAAUGAUUACCAUUUAACAUCUUUACAAGAGCUUUUCGUUUAAAACCUCACCAUAGCACAUAGCAGGAGAGUUCAUUCAAAGAGGGUUUAGAUCUAAGAUAUUUGUGUCAAGUAUGAGGUCCAUCAUUGGCCUUUCAUUUUAGAUCCAUGUUCGUAAAGACCCUACUAGAAGAGAGGUGUGCAGUGGUCUGUACUAUUUUUUCUUAUGUGGCCUGAUGUCCAUGUUUUGGUUUCUGCUAAUGAGUAAUGCUGACAAUGACCUGUGUCUUGUGGUGUAGUCCAGUCUACUGUCUAAAGUAUUUUUUUUUUAAUCAUGACUAAUCUCAAUAAUACAUAUAUUAGUAGCAAUCCAACAUUCCUUAUCUGUAACUGUAGAAAAUGAAGAAUUCACUAAGCAAAACAGGUUUUGUCUGCCUCUGUCCUGCCAGUGAAGUCCACUCCAUGUGAAGAUAAUCAUUCAUGGUGAUUUUUUCCUGUAAUACUACAAAAUAUACUUAAGUCUACUAUCAUUAGAUAUAUACAUACAGGAACAGACUGGGGAAAAUGCUCAUGUAUUCACUGACUAUAUUCUUGACUACACCACAGACUGGGUAUGGGUUUAUUCCCUCCUUCCCUGAUGGGAGGACUGAUUCUAUUUCUGUGCCUCUUCUCGUUCAGCAAACAUGACCUGGAAACUCAGGCUACAUUUUUUUUUAUGUAUUUUUUAAUAUAUGAUAGUUUUUUGAUCCGCUGUGUAACUUGGUCUGCACACCUGCAUAAAGAUUGUUCAUGAAUACUGCCAUAUAACUGCCAUUGCCAACACUAUAUCACACCUGAUCAGCUUAAUUCAAUACAGCACAUUUCUUUCUGUUGUUUUAUUCACUAAACCUGCACUCUACAUGUCUUAUAGCUUUAGUAUUAAUGCUCUGUAACUUGUUAUGAGUGAUAAGCUUCUGUAAUUGCGUUUAGGAGCAUAACGCACAGUGACUAGGCUACUGUAGAUGGCGUUUGAAGGAUAGCACUAUUCUCACUAUCAUUCACUGUAUACGCACACAAUACACACAAACAUGUUUGCUUAGCACUUAAUUCUUAUUCUGGAAACAGGUAGAUGCUCAACUUCUUUCAGGCACACAAAUACACACACACACACUGCUUGCACAAGAAUAGUCUCGGCUUCCUUUCCUACAGGAAUUAGCAUGAAAAAUUACUGAAUUACAUUGUAGGCUUUUUUAAUACCUCCCCUUUUCUGUGCAGUAUUCAUCACUACACACACACACACACACACACACACACACACACACACACACACAAUUCAGCAUAUAAAUAUCUCUGUGAAGGAGAACUUUUAUCGCCUUCAACCCCCUUAACUGCAUGCAGCAAUACACACCCUCUCAUACACUACUUUACAUUAUUUCACUCCUUUUGGUUCUAGGUUGGCAGAAACAGUCAGGAAAAUUGAUUUUUUUGUCUGACAAUAGGUAAUGUUUUGUUGGAUAUUUGCCCUUUAUCAUUACAUCUCAUAUUAAGUCAGUUAUUAUUUGCAUGUCUGUAUUUUUAAAAUUGUGUUUUCUGCUAACUUUUGCACUACUCUGGCUGAUUGGAAUAUAGGUUUGUUUAAUAAAAAGCCCAGACUGGGCUGCUAAGAAUAUUUAAUGUAGAAUCUUUUAUGUUGGAUGUUUUUAAAGACUAUGUUUGAUUUUAUUUUGUAUUGGAAUGAAGUCUGUUUACAGCACCAUUAAAAGCUUCUUGUUCGAA